GCUUGUUCCCCUCUGGUUGCCGUGUGUUUGGCUGGCAUUCAGAAAAAUGGCUGCAAACUUCCUAGUCCAUGAGAAGAUCUGGUUUGACAAGUUCAAGUAUGAUGAUGCAGAAAGGAAAUACUAUGAACAGAUGAACGGGCCUGUGGCAGGCUCCUCACAGGAGAAUGGCGCCAGUGUGAUCCUACGAGACAUUGCGAGAGCCAGAGUGAAUAUCCAAAAAUCCCUGGCUGGAAGCUCAGGCCCUGGGGCUUCCAGUGGCCCCAGUGGAGACCACAGCGAGCUCAUCACCCGGAUCGCCAGUCUGGAAGUGGAGAACCAGAGCCUGCGAGGCCUGGUACAGGACCUGCAGCAGGCUUUCUCCAAGCUGGAGGCCCGGCUAAAUAUGCUGGAGAAGAGCUCACCCAGCUAUCGGGCCACAGCCCCACAAACCCAGCAUGUGUCUCCCAUGCACCAAGUGGAGUCUCCAGCCAAGAAGGUGGCCACACCAACCAAGGAUGAUGAGGACGAUGACAUCGACCUGUUUGGCAGUGACAACGAGGAAGAGGACAAAGAGGCAGCCCGACUGCGGGAGGAGCAGCUGUGGCAGUAUGCAAAAAAGAAGGCCAAGAAGCCAGCACUGGUGGCCAAGUCCUCCAUCCUGCUGGAUGUCAAGCCUUGGGAUGAUGAGACAGAUAUGGCCCAGCUAGAGGCCUGUGUGUGCUCAAUCCAGUUGGAUGGGCUGGUCUGGGGGGCAUCCAAGCUGGUGCCCGUGGGCUAUGGCAUCCAGAAGCUGCAGAUCCAGUGUGUGGUGGAGGAUAACAAGGUGGGGACCGACCUGCUAGAAGAAGAGAUCACCAAGUAUGAGGAGCAUGUGCAAAGUAUGGACAUCGCAGCUUUCAACAAAAUCUGAAGCCUAAUGAACAUGUGUGUACGUGUGGCCCUGCCAUGAAUAA